AUGCCUCUUUUCGGAAAGCACGACAACACCACCACCGCCACCGACCAUACCGGCCGCGACACCGCUCUAGGCGCCGGAACUGGCGGUAUUGUGGGCCACGAAGGUCAUAACGGUCAUACCGGCCGUGACGCUGCCGUUGGUGGUUUGGCAGGCAGAGAGCUUGGCCAUCAUGGCAAUGGUACCGCGACAGGGACUCACGGAAACCGUGACGGCCUAGUCGGAGCUGGUACUGGAGCUGCGAUUGGUCACCAUGGAGGCCACACCGGACGCGAUGCUGCUAUUGGCGGUGUCGGUGGCGAAGCGCUAGGUCGCCAUCAGGGACACAACGCCCAUGGUGCAGGUGCGACAACAGCCGGUACGGGAGCUGGCCUCGGCGCGACCGGUGCAGCUGGUCCAGGGGGCGCGACGUCGGGAGUCCACACAUCUAACCCCAGUAAGGCACACGGGAAGCUCGAGGAGAUUGGUGGAAAGAUGGAGCGCGGUGUCGGUGAAGUGACCAGGAGCACCAACAUGACUGUGAAAGGCGAGAACAAAAUCAUCGCUGGCCAGCGGGAGCAGCAAGCAGCUGCCGGUCACAGACAGGCUGAUCUCCUGGAAAACCAGGCUGCUACCCACCGCAAUCGUGCCGAUGCUCUUCAUCCGACUGGUGGGAUCUGA